GACGAAUUUACCCAUAAUGCCGUACAGUUGCUCAGCUCUCACUCCCUCCACCCACCCACCCCCACAAUGCCUCUCCUACAAAUACCCCCCCACAACACAUUCCUCAUCAUAUACUUGCCAUCAUCCCCCCACUAGCUACUCACCCAUCUCAUCCACAAAAACUUCUUCUUCUUCUACAAUUCUCCGAGUCUUCCCACACUUAGUAAUUAAUUCACCUAUAAACUCUAAUUUUUUUUCUAGAUCUUCCCAUCCCGGCUGCCAAACCUUGUUUGAGGUGUUGAGAAGGAUUUUCUUUUAAAGAUGCCUCCACGUGCCUCCUCUACGGCGACCCAUAGCUUCACCGCCGCGCAACACUCUCCGCCGCCGCCUCUUCCCCCGCCGGCGAAGAAGCCCAGAGAAGGCAUCAGCUCCAUUCUCGGGUCCGAGUCCGAUCACCGUGCGAUGUCAGCCCCGGCCGCCGCCUCCAUCAGGAGAACCCUCUCCGCCGACAUGUCCUCCAAGAAAUGGCUCUCCCACAACGGCUUCUCCGCCGCCGCCGCCGCCGACGACCACCGCCCCGGGCAAGACGAAAUCUGGAGAGCGAUCCAAACACAGAAAACAACCCAACCAAACAACGACGCCAUAAAGCCACCGGCGACGGCAUUGAUACGCUCGUCGGAAUCUUUCAGCUCAAUCGUCUCGACGGCGUCGUUUCAAUCAACAGAAGACCCGUUCUCGCCCAGCCUCCUCCCCGCCGUCGAGAAGAAACCGCCGAAGAAGAUGAGCUUACAGAGCCUUCAGAUCUGCACGGAGAUUCUCUGCUCCGAGACCGGCGCCGACGAUUUCUCGGCGGACUUUCCAAUCGAAUAUCCCGACGACACGGAGAGGACGACACCAUUGAAGAACAGGUACAGCAAGAGAGCUCCGCCGAAGCCUCUCCCGCCUCCCCUGCCUUCCCUGAAUCUGGACAAGAAUUCCCUCCAGAUUCUCCCCCGCCGGCAGAACGGCCGCCUUACUCUGGAAGCGGUCUCCCUCCCGCCACAGGAGUAUCUCCGGGCCGAACGCCGCGACGGCCGCCUCCUCAUCGUCCUCGUCAACAAAUCUAAUCACCAUGAAACAGAGGAAGACAACAACAAACUGAACAAAGAAACAGAGUUGGUGUUCAACGACUUCGAAGAAGAAGAAGAAGAAAUCGAAAAGCGCGUAAAAGAAGAAGAUGAUGACGAAGAAGAAAAAGAAGAAGAGAAGAAUAUAAUGGAAGUAAUGGCGGAGCGGGAAAUAAAUAUCCCGAGGAGGUAUCCGCCAUUGAUGAUGCAGUUCCCGGGGCUAGUAUGCAAGAAACACCCGCCGUGGACGAUAAACAGGGCAGUGGCGGCGGCGGACGGCGGGGAGGACGACGUGAUCAUCAACCAACUCCAACCCCACUCGCUGCCGCCGGCGCCGGGGGUGGCCGGGCUAAUCGGGGACCCACUGCCGGCUGCGACGAGCACAACUUUCGUGAAUGCGUACGACUACUUCUGGAGGAAAAAACCCGCAGAAACAGAGCAUUUGAUGGGGAAGAAGAACAGAAAUGAAAACUGGGAAUUGGGAGAGACGGAGAAGAAAAGGAUGGACAGCGUGGUGCUUUUGAGAGGGACGAAGGCGAACAAUAUGAACAUAGCGGCGGCCAUGUUAAACAAUGGGUGCAAAGAUGGGAGAAGGUGGUCGUCGUCUUCCUUGCGACUGCGGGAUCCUUACUGCAUUGCCACUACCUGAUUCCAUCCAUCAUCAUCAUCAUCAUUGAAUUGAGCCCUCUAAUGAUUGAGAUUAAACCAUUCUAAAUCAAGUUAAUGAAUGUAUACUCCUUAUUUUAAUUAUUAAUCCCCCAUAGUUAACAAGCAAAGAAUAAUGAUGAUAUAUAGUGUAUACUCGAUCUGUAACUCCGUGUAUGAUGUAGUGCCCUGGCCUCCCCAAUUACGACCAUAAUAAAGAAAUACGGAGUAUUUGCAUAGCAUUAAAAUUUAAGUCAUUUC